CGCCCCGCCCGCUCGGCUCCGCGAGGCGACGGCGGCGGCGCUUCCGCCAGGCCCGCCUCGGCCGGGUGAGCGCGGCGCCGCGAUGUGGCUGGGUCCGGAGGAGGUGCUGGUGGCCAACGCGCUGUGGGUGACGGAGCGCGCCAACCCCUUCUUCGUGCUGCAGCGGCGCCGCGGCCACGGCAAGGGCGGCGGCCUCACGGGUCUUCUUGUGGGCACCCUGGAUGUGGUGCUGGACUCCAGCGCCCGGGUGGCCCCGUACCGCAUCCUGCACCAGACCCAGGAUUCACAGGUCUAUUGGACAGUGGCGUGCGGUUCUUCCCGAAAAGAGAUCACAAAACACUGGGAAUGGCUGGAAAAUAACUUACUCCAGACGCUGUCCAUCUUUGACAAUGAGGAAGAUAUCACCACCUUCGUCAAGGGCAAGAUACACGGCAUCAUCGCAGAAGAGAACAAGAACGUGCAGCCCCAGGGAGAUGAAGACCCUGGGAAGUUCAAGGAGGCCGAGCUGAAAAUGAGGAAGCAGUUCGGGAUGCCCGAGGGGGAGAAGCUGGUCAACUACUACUCCUGCAGCUACUGGAAGGGCCGAGUGCCGCGGCAGGGCUGGCUCUACCUGACCGUCAACCACCUUUGCUUCUACUCCUUUCUGCUGGGCAAGGAGGUGAGCCUGGUGGUGCAGUGGGUGGACGUCACGCGGCUGGAGAAGAACGCCACACUGCUCUUCCCCGAGAGCAUCCGCGUGGACACGCGGGACCAGGAGCUCUUCUUCUCCAUGUUCCUCAACAUCGGGGAGACCUUCAAGCUCAUGGAGCAGCUGGCCAACCUGGCCGUGCGGCAGCUGCUGGACAGCGAGGGCUUCCUGGAGGAGAGGGCGCCGCCUAGGCCGCCGCGGCCACACAGGAACAUCUCGGCGCUGAAGCGAGACCUGGAUGCUCGAGCCAAGAACGAGUGCUACCGUGCCACGUUUCGGCUGCCCCGGGACGAGCGCCUGGACGGCCACACGAGCUGUACGCUGUGGACCCCAUUCAACAAGCUGCACAUCCCUGGCCAGAUGUUUAUCUCCAGCAACUACAUCUGCUUCGCCAGCAAGGAGGAGGAUGCUUGCCACCUUAUCAUACCCCUGCGGGAGGUGACCAUUGUGGAAAAAGCUGACUGCUCCAGCGUCCUGCCCAGCCCUCUGUCUAUUAGCACUAAGAGCAAAAUGACCUUUCUGUUCGCCAACCUGAAAGACCGUGAGUUCUUGGUUGAGAGGAUCUCUGACUUCCUCCAGAAGAUGCCAUCCAAGCCGUCAGGAAGCAGCCGAGCAGAGAGGAAAGCCAGCAUCGUGGACGCAGCCCCAGAGCCUUCCCCAGCGCCCCAGGAGCUGUCAGAACAGCCUGCCAGCCCGACCUCACCCCUCGGUGGCCUCCAAGGGGGCCGUGCACAGGAGGCGCCAACCGCCUCCCAGGGGCUGCUCAAACUCUUCCAGAGAAAUACGCCCAUGGAGGACCUGGGCGCCAAGGGGGCCAAGGAGAAGAUGAAAGAGGAGUCGUGGAACAUCCACUUCUUCGAGUUCGGGCGCGGCAUGUGCAUGUACCGCACAGCGAGAACGCGGGAGCUGGUGCUGAAGGGCAUCCCAGAGCGCCUCCGCGGGGAGCUCUGGCUCCUCUUCUCCGGGGCCUGGAAUGAGAUGGUGACUCACCCCGGCUACUAUGCCGAGCUGGUGGAGAAGUCCAUGGGCAGGUACAGCCUGGCCACAGAGGAGAUCGAGCGAGACCUCCACCGCUCGAUGCCCGAGCACCCUGCCUUCCAGAAUGAGCUCGGGAUCGCGGCCCUCCGCAGGGUGCUGACCGCCUACGCUUUCCGGAACCCCACCAUCGGCUACUGCCAGGCCAUGAACAUCGUCACCUCGGUGCUCCUGCUCUAUGGCAGCGAGGAGGAGGCCUUCUGGCUGCUGGUGGCCCUCUGCGAGCGCAUGCUACCCGACUACUACAACACCAGGGUGGUGGGGGCCCUGGUGGACCAAGGCAUCUUCGAAGAGCUCACAAGAGACUUCCUGCCCCAGCUCUCCAAAAAGAUGCAGGACCUGGGUGUGAUCUCCAGCAUCUCUCUCUCCUGGUUCCUGACCCUCUUCCUCAGUGUCAUGCCCUUCGAGAGCGCGGUGGUCAUCGUGGACUGCUUCUUCUAUGAGGGCAUCAAGGUGAUCCUGCAGGUGGCCUUGGCCAUCCUGGAUGCCAACAUGGAGCAGCUGCUGGGCUGUGGCGACGAAGGCGAGGCCAUGACCGUCCUGGGCAGAUACCUGGAUAAUGUGGUCAAUAAGCAGAGUGUCUCUCCUCCUAUCCCACACCUCCAUGCCCUGCUGACCAGUGGAGAUGACCCUCCUGAAGAGGUGGACAUCUUUGACCUCCUGAAGGUGUCAUAUGAGAAAUUCAGCAGCCUGAGGGCGGAGGACAUUGAACAGAUGCGGUUUAAACAGAGGCUUAAAGUGAUCCAGUCCUUGGAGGAUACAGCCAAGAGGAGCGUGGUCCGAGCUAUACCUGGGGACAUUGGUUUCUCAAUUGAAGAACUGGAGGACCUUUACAUGGUGUUUAAGGCCAAGCACCUCGCAAGCCAGUACUGGGGGAGCAGCCACCCCUCCGCCGUGCGUCGGGACCCCAGCCUGCCCUACCUGGAGCAGUACCGCAUUGACGCCCACCAGUUCCGGGAACUCUUCGCCAGCCUGACGCCCUGGGCCUGUGGCGCCCACACAGCUGUGCUGGCAGGGCGGAUAUUUCGGCUCCUGGAUGAAAAUAAGGACUCGCUGAUCAACUUCAAGGAGUUUGUGACGGGGAUGAGUGGGAUGUACCACAGGGACCUGACGGAGAAGCUCAAGUUUCUCUACAAGCUGCACUUGCCUCCAGCCCUGAGCCCCGAGGAGGCUGAGUCGGCCCUGGAAGCAGCCCAUUACUUCACCGAGGACAGCUCCUCAGAAGCAUCUCCUCUGGCCUCCGAUCUGGAUCUUUUCCUGCCCUGGAAGGUUCAAGAAGUAUUACAGCAGGAGGAGCGAGAGGAAGCUGGAAAUGACAUCCAAGAUAAAAGAAGAGAGGAGAAGGGAACUAGCCCUCCUGACUACCGGCACUACCUUCGAAUGUGGGCCAAGGAGAAAGAGGUUCAAAAGGAGACGAUCAAGGAUCUUCCCAAGAUGAACCAGGAGCAAUUCAUUGAGCUGUGCAAGACACUUUACAACAUGUUCAGCGAAGACCCCAUGGAGCAGGACUUGUACCAUGCUAUCGCCACGGUGGCCAGCCUGUUACUCCGCAUCGGGGAGGUGGGGAAGAGGUUUUCUGCAUGGCCAGGCAGAAAGUCCAGAGACAGUGCCCCCGAUGAGGAUGAGCCACCAGCCCCAGACCCCCCUCAAGACCCAGCCUGGGAACUUCAGCCACCAGCUGCAGGGGACCCCCAAGCCAAAGCAGGUGGAGACACCCACCUUGGGAAAACACCACAGGAGAGCCAGGUGGGGGGCGAAGGGGGCGGCGGUGAAGGGCGGGGCUCUCCCUCCCAGCCUCUGUCUGAUGACGAAGCCAAAGACGACAUGUCCAUGUCCUCCUACUCCGUGGUCAGCACCGGCUCCCUGCAGUGUGAGGACCUGGCUGACGACACAGUGCUGGUGGGUGGGGAGGCUCGCAGCCCCGUGGCCACCACCCACGGUGGGGGUGCGGUUGACACAGACUGGUGCAUCUCAUUCGAGCAGAUCCUGGCCUCCAUCCUGACAGAGUCUGUGCUGGUGAACUUCUUUGAGAAGAGGGUAGACAUUGGACUCAAGAUCAAGGACCACAGGAAGGUAGAGAGACAGUUCAGCACCUCCAGUGACCAUGAGCAGUCUGUGGUUUCGGGCUGAGGGCUCCAAGGCCGCUCUUCCCUUCUUCCCUUUGUUUUCUUAAGGACACAUCCCUCCAGUUCUCCCCAGAAGAAUUGAGUUGUAAAUGGAAAGAAGGCUGAACAGUCACAGUUGGGGCCAAGGCAGGGGGUGCCCGGCCCCUCAUUCUGCCUUGGGCCUCCUGGCCCCUGCAGAGUGUCGGGGGCUCUGUGAUCUGCCCUUGCUUGCCCUGCACUGUGGCCAGGCCACACCCUGUCCUCCUCCUCCUCCUCCCCUGCAGCUGUGUGCUCUGGGGGCUUUCCUGCCACUGGGCACCAGGUAGGGAGGUGGUGUGCCUAUUGGGCACCAACGUGGUGAGAGCUUCGAGAUGCCUUCCAGGAGCCCCAAGCCUGCGUCUGGUUGAGGACACAGGCAGAAAGCAUCUACUGCAUCAGGGUGGGUUACCUCCUGCAGAUGUCCCUCUCAAUUCUCUUUCAGCUCGUCAUCCUCACCAUUAACCUUAAAAACAUAUCCCUCGGGUCCUGAUAUGUCUCCUUGUAUUCAUUUCAGUUGGCUAAAAAGAAUCACACUAUGCUCAAUGCCUUAAUAAAUCCCUGAAAGAACGAAAAGCCACACCGUGUAGAGAAUUAAUGUGACCCUCAACCACUGCUGCGACCUCCUGGCUUCUCCCCAGGCAGGUACUGGGCCGAGGCCGUACUCCUGAAGUUCCCAACACUUAGUCUCUCACAGGAAGUGAGGUUUCAAGACCCCAGGCAGGAGGGGGACGCGGAAGCUGCUGACGCAGACUGGGCAGGGCCUGUGCAGAGCUGCACCCACAGAGAAAACCUGCUCUGCAGGGGUCAACAGCCUGGAUCUAGGGGUAGGAGACAAGUGCUCAGGCCUGGCUGCAGUAAGCCUUUGGGUUCAGGAAGCGGAGUGUAGGGACAUGCGCAACAGGCUAAGCCAUGAAGACGCCCUAGCUUUGCAGCAGGAGCUGGUUAUCAUGUCCAUCAUUUGCCCCCAACACAGAGUCACCCCUCAUUUUUACGAAAAGAUAACAUCUCUGUGGCUCUUGUUUGGUUUUUUUAAUUGAACAGCCUUAUUGAGGCAAAACUUACAUACCAUAAAAUUCAGUUGUUUUAAGCUACAAUUCAGUGAUUUUUAGUAAACAGAGUUGUGCAGCCAUCGCCACAAUUCAACUUUAGGAUAUUUCCAUCACCCCAGAAAGACCCCUCCUGCCCAUGUGCUGCCAGCCCCUGUACCCCCACCUCCCUCCACAGCUCCAGGUUCUAAUCUGUUUUAUAGCUCUUUAGAUUUUAUGGAUGUUUUUUAAAAUAAAAGCCUCCAUGAUUUUACCUUGUGCACAA